UGUGUGUGUGUGUGUGACGUCACCACCAGCUCUAGACUCUAUAUUGAGCUCCAUUUAUGGUGUUUUUCACUUUAACUCAUUGAAUCUCUGAGCUGAAGCGGAAGUCCACAGUGAUCUUCAUCUCGUGAAAAAAUGAACGUGGAGCAUGAAAUAACGCUGCUUGUGGAUGAGAUAAACAGACUUGGCAGUAAAAAUGCAGACGGUAAAACCAGCGUCAAAUUCGGCGUCCUGUUCAACGAUGACAAGUGUGCCAACCUGUUCGAGGCGCUCGUCGGGACGCUGAAAGCGGCCAAACGAAAGAAGAUCAUCACGUUUCAGGGCGAGCUUUUACUGCAAGGAGUUCACGACAAUGUUGAUGUGAUUCUGCUGUAGGAUCGAACUGAGCUUUAGUCAAAUAAAAACAUCUCACCUCCAGGAGCCUCGUCUUACAGUCCUACAGCCAGCAAACACUCACUCACCAGUGUAUCUUUAUAUACUUUUAUAAUGUGCUUUCUUUUGUCAGUUCCUCCAGGAGUUUUUUGUAUUGAUUUUGCUGGGGUUUUUUUUUUUUUAUUUUUUAAAAUUCGCAAUGCAACUAUUUUUGCGGAAAAAAAUAUACUUGACUUGGUGACAUCACCAGCACAGGAUUCCUCCUUUAAUCUCCUCCCAGUGAGACACCUGUAAUGAGUUUAACGUUCUCACACACGUGAACGGAAGAGGCGGAACCCGCGCUAACGAUGUCACACGACGCGUCUCGGAGCAAAUCCGCAGAAAAUCUGUCGUUUUGAAAAAUCACUUUUUUGAGUUGGUGUGAUUUUGUGUCCAUUUCUACAAUCGCAAAAAUCAAUAAAUCCUGGAGGAUCUGCUGAGGUGAAGGAGUGUGUAUGUUUUGAAAGAAGCGUGCUGUUUGUAAACGACCAAAGUCUUCAUUUAACUACCACAUCACCAGCUAGUCUUCACAUAUGACUCAAUAGUUCAGAAUAAAUCUCCUGAAAAACUUGACAUCAGUAUUAAUUCUUCUGCUGAUGUGUAGUGAAUUGUUUUAAAGGAAAUAGCCAAGCACUUCCCAGGACCGUGUUAUUAACGUUAAUCAGGUUUAGUUGUGACAAAUGAUCACUAGAUUAUUUAUGACUUGUGAUCUAGUCAAUUAUGUCAAAGAGGAUUUUUUUUCCCCCCGACACAAAAUUGUAAUUUGAACAUAGAUACUUUGGAAAAUACUUAAUGGACUUGAUUAAAGCACACAUUUUUAUACACAUUACUGUACUGAUGAAAUCACAUGUAACUCAGGCUUAAAAUAUUCUCUUUGGCUGCUGGUUUGAUUCAUAAUAAACUGUUUCACUUGGUCAA